AUGGCCAAAGCAAGACCCAAGUCGAUUCACUCUCGAGCCGCGAGACGGGCUGCAUCCCCGAGUCUCGACCUCGACAAGUCGUUGACUUCACUGCCGCGGGCUGAAGAUACAGUGAUACCGCGAGAGUCCAUCCUGAACGACCGUGUGAAUACUGGUGUAUCUAAAAAACAAAAGAACAAGCCCUUGACAAGAGCGCAACGCCUGAGGCAACAAAAGGGCAUGGAGAGAGCAGAAGUUGUGUUUGAUCAGAUGGAGAAGAAGGUGGCCAAGAGUGUUUCGCGGGCUAAGACCGUUAAAUCGCGCCGGGCUGACUGGGAAGCUUUGAAUCGCAAUACGGCGGGUUCAAUGUUCCAGGCGCUUCAAGAGGAUGAGGAUGAGGAUGACAAUACCAUGGCCGAUAACUCUGCUGCGCCUAAGGUCAAAAAAUCCGGGUCGAAACCAGCAAAGGUUGCGCAGAAUCCUGUACCACAGGAGCAUGCAGAUAUCGACAUUGACGAUGACAUUACGUGA